CAACCGGGGAUAUCUCCAAACGCAACCGAUUACGUACGAAAUUCUCAAUCGCUCUCGGCUCUCGUUUCACCAGACGCCGUGAAAUAUCAGUGAUUUCAACGCUAAAAAAUAUAUAUCACGUCUGUAACCGAAUGUGUGUACGACAAAGGCAAAUAAUCCCAGUGCAUGUGCAUUCACUUUGAUGAAUCGAGUGACUUGGUUUGUUUUGACAGUGUUACAACAUUGGAAACGGAAUAUAUAUUGUUCGUAUGUUAGUGACUGAGUGAAAUACAUUUUCAAAGGGUUUUCCACGGGAUUCCCAUGGCCGCUGUGUGGAGUAGGUAAAAAAGGGGGAAAAUAAACCGACUGCACCUUCCCCAAGGCGAGAAACGAGGCUGGAGUUUCUUUUUUCAGCGUGAAAUGUACCUUUUCAAGUGAAAAGGACAUAAAAAAGGGGGGAAAAACUUCAAAGUGAUUUCUUCUCGAUUCCUCGCCUUUUUUCACCCCAUCUACCCUUUUACUUCCAGUCAUUUUUCCCUCCGCACACCCCUUUCCCUCUGUUUACCGGCAUCCAGUUGCUCGGGCUCGAUUCGUCGGCGUUUUCGUCGAGUGUGUUUGCCGACGUCUCCAAUUGCCCAGUUUCUAUACCUGAAUUAUCAGUCCCAAUUUCACCUGAUAUGAUGGGAUUCCCCGGGACAUCAUGAGGACGUCGCACCACUGAUAAAGACAGAAUCCCCCCAGUGAUCUUAUCCAGCCCCCUCCGGGGGGGGGCUCGUCUCCAUCACCGACGGCGGGAAAAUAAAGAAAAACAGAAAGUGGAGAGAUAGAUCAUUUCAACUCCAGGAGCUUAGGUUUUUUUUUCUCCAUUCUAUUUACGAUGUCGAAUUACAGCAUUCGAGCCGAGUGCAUGAGCUCGAUGGAAGAGGAGUGUCUUAUAGAGAAGCGCAGGAGUACCGCGCUCAAGGAGUGCUCGGAUUUGCUCAAACUUGAGGGAUCGUCUAGGUACGGACGAGAUGCUUUCAGGAAACUCUUUCAAGAUGAGGUACUGUUGGAAAAAUUAUUCCGACUGUUCGAUCAAGACGGCGAUGGUGUUCUCAGGCAAGACGAUUGGAUUGAAUUCCUCAAAGCGAGGCUUACGAAUGAGAAGCAGACGGACUUCAUUGAUCAGAUCGAGAGUGUCGCGUAUGUACUGUGCGGUGAGGGACCGGUGAACUUUAAUGACUUCAAGGGAAUAUUUCUGGCGAAGGGGGUCAUCGAUAAAUUAUUCAGACUGCUGGAGCACGAGAAUUUCGGCUCCAUUUUACCCAGCCAAAUAAUGGAGUUCAUCGCUGGCGUAAGUAAUCCAAGAUCCCGAGCUGGAUUCGAUAAAGGCAAUCUGGAAUGGCUGGAGAAGAUCUUCAAGCAGACAGUUGGAAACGAGCAGGAAAUACGUCGCGAGGAGUUCAAGAAAAUCGUUAUAUCGAAAAACCCUUUCUUCACGGAACGGGUAUUUCAAAUAUUCGACAAGGACGACUCUGGUACGAUAUCACUCCAGGAGUUUCUAGAUGCGAUGCAUCAAUUUGCUGGUAAAACUCCGGACGACAAAAUACGAUUUCUCUUCAAGGUCUACGAUAUAGAUGGUGACGGGUUGAUUCAGCAUCGGGAACUGGAGCACGUGAUGAGGGCCUGCAUGGAGGAGAAUGGUAUGAGAUUCAGUGAUGAACAGAUUGAGGACUUAACGCUUGCCCUCUUCGAGGAUGCGGAUCAGGGUAACAGGGGUGCUAUCACGUUUCAAGCGUUGAAGAAGCAGUUGGAGAAACACGAGGGUCUCCUCGAGAAUCUAUCAAUCAGUAUAGAUCGCUGGAUGGUACCACCGAAGCCGCCGCAAUCAGACCGCACGGUAUUGGCUUUUCUCCGCUCACUGAGGCCAUAUCAAUUCACAAAACCAUAUUUGAAAAAUAAUUACGUUCUCAUGUGCUUCCUGAUGAUGUUUUUCCUCAUUAACGUCGCCCUCUUCGUCUCGAGGUUGUACCAGUAUCGUCACGCUGGGGGUUUGGUGAUGAUAGCCAGAGCCUGUGGUCAGUGCUUGAACUUUGACUGCACCUUUAUUCUCGUCCUCAUGCUUCGCCAGUGCAUAACGUUCCUACGAACCCACGGAUUCAGCUCGAUUCUCCCUCUCGAUCACAACAUUUAUCUCCACAAAAUGGUCGGAAUGACGAUUGGAAUAUUGAGUAUUGUUCACACCGUCGCUCAUCUGCUGAAUUUUGGGAUGUUUGUAAUCAACGAUGAAGUAUUGAAUAGUUCCCACUACUCGAUGUCAGAGUGGCUAUUGACGAGUCGUCCAGGUCUCUUUGGUUUAGUAGGUGGUGGAGCUAAUCCCACUGGCAUAGCCUUGAUCAUGAUUCUGUUUGUAAUGUCACUUUGCUCAAUGCCUUUCGUCAGACGCGGUGGAUCCUUUGAGAUAUUCUACUGGUCACAUGUUCUGUACAUACCAUUCUGGAUUCUCCUGAUAUUCCACGGUCCGAACUUUUGGAAAUGGUUUGUUCUGCCCGGCACAAUAUACAUCGCAGAACGUGUUCGUCGUUUGAUGUGGUUACGUUUGGAGCGGGGUAAAACCUACAUCAGUUCGGGUUUACUGCUACCGUCGAGGGUAACUCACCUCGUAAUCAAACGACCUCAAAAUUUGGAUUUUCAUCCGGGCGACUACGUCUUUGUGAAUAUACCUGUCAUUGCCAAGUACGAGUGGCAUCCAUUCACCAUCAGCAGUGCCCCGGAACAAGAAGAGUACAUGUGGCUGCACAUAAGGGCUGUUGGCGAAUGGACCAACAGUCUGUAUUCAUAUUUUGAGAGAAAACAACUGAAGCUGGAGCGCGGCGAUGUGAUUCCCAUUGAGAAUUGCAGUGCGGAAAUACUGAGAAAACCACUAAUUACUGAAGCUAAACCAACACCAACAUCAACAGUGAUCGUCGUGAGGGAGAGGGAGGAGAAUUCCCUUGGGAAUUCACGUGGCCUCGAUAACCCUCACUUCGUUCCGGACAGUGGAAAGACUUCUUCGAGUCCCAGCAUCAACUCACCCACGUCCCAUCUGUCCGAUCCUGAACGAACAACUCCAGAAGCUCGAGCAUUUACACGAGAUAGAAAGCUGAGGCAGCUCCUUCUCGGCAACAAGAUGCCGUUGGAGAAGUCAUUCUCGAUGCCUGACAUGCAGACCAAGCACAAGAAGAGAGAGCGAGUGAGAGCUCUUCGCGAUUACAUGAGAUCCGAGUCGGAGAGGAGCUUUAAUGAGGUGCAGAUACGUCGAGCGAGGCUUAAAUCACUUGGAACUGCCUAUUUAAGUCCCCAGAAUAAAUCACUAGCACAGAGCUUUCGAUACAUGAGGACAAAACCCACGAUUAUAGCGUUUAAAACACCGAGUUUGGAGGAGAAUGUGCAAAAUACACCAACAAAUUCAGUUUCGACGUUCACGGUGGGACAAAGAGUGUCACAGGGUGAAACACUCACGGUAGCUGUUGAAGAGGGUAGAAUUGGGGAAACGUUUGCUACGAUUGGACGGAAGAAGAGUAACACAUUGGACACUGAGAGUCAAUUUUCAUCUCAUCCCUCCGUGAACUAUCCCGUUGGCAAACCACUCGAGAUAUUCCUGGAUGGUCCUUAUGGUGCACCCUCGAGUCACAUCUUUCAGGCUCAACACGCUGUGCUAAUCGCCACGGGAAUCGGAGUCACGCCUUUUGCCUCUAUUCUCCAGUCGAUAAUGCACAGGUACUGGAAGGCGAGGCACACCUGCCCCAAGUGCCAAUUCUCAUGGGCAAGUGAGAUACCCACAACGGUCAUGAAGCUGAGAAAGGUCGAUUUCUUCUGGAUAAAUCGUGACCAACGUUCAUUCGAGUGGUUCGUAAAUCUCCUCUCCCAGUUGGAGAUAGAGCAGGCAGAAUUGGGCGCUACAAUGGAGAGAUUCUUGGAGAUGCACAUGUACAUAACCAGUGCCCUGCAGAAGAACGACAUGAAAGCUGUUGGACUCCAGCUGGCGAUGGAUCUACUUCACGAGAGGGAGAAGAGGGACCUGAUAACUGGCCUGAAAACCCGCACCAAUGCUGGCAGGCCCAACUGGGACAAAGUAUUUAAACAGCUGGAUGAUCGUAAAAAGGGAAAGGUGACGGUGUUCUACUGUGGCCCACCCCAACUCGGUAGAAUUUUGCGAUACAAGUGCGAUCAGUUUGGAUUUAACUUCAGGAAGGAAACGUUUUAGAUGAAAUGCCCUGAGAAAAAAAUUAUUUUUGAUAAAUAUUCAUUUACCCGGUUUAUUUUCAAUUGUAUUUUUCCAGGAGAGAAACGAUCAGUGGAAAUUACCGUGCCCGAUCAGCCGCGGAGUCACUCAAUGGGGAGAAUAUAAUUUUGAAAAAAUAAUUAGUAUCCUGGGGUAAAUAAAUAUCUUGGGAAAGUAAUUUUUUCUCAGCCCACGAUAAUUGUGUCAUUAGUCGGAGCUGGGGAGCUCCAAAUCGUGUGAAAAAUUUAACGACUGCAAAAAUCUAUUUAAUGUGACUGAUGUGAGAUAUCACCGGCUCCAUCAGUAUGGGGGACAGAGAUUGUCCAUUGAUAAUCCGUCGAUUAAUAAUCACUGGCCGUACACCAGAUAGGCAUAGGACACAUCACGCCCGCUUGGAUUGGUGGGCAAUGUGUCUCUGUGUGUGGGCUUGAAACCCAAUCGAUUGCGCAAAUGGUGCAAGAGCAAACAAGAAGAUAUUCCCGUGCGACACAUCAUGUCUGUGGUGCGUCAAAGGACACCCUCAGGACAUUCAUGGCCGGAUGUAUAUGCGGAUUUAUGUUAUGCUGAUGUAGAUGCAUAAAAGUGUUGCUGGAAGGGGUGGGGGGGGGGAAAAAAAAGGCCACGUGAAAAAUCACCUUUUGCUAGGUGAGAGAUUCGUUUGAAGACAACGCAUGACAAAUGACGAGUGCAGUGAGUUUAUUGUCAUGUUUUUGCUAACUCAAAGCCCAUGUGUCUUGUGGAUUUUUUUUUUUCGCCUCGAGCAUUUGUUCACCGCUUGUUUUUACGGAUUUUCUCGCGCAUUUAAUCACUUACAGGGGUGAAACACACUGCAGUCACGUCCGACAAAUUUCAUUUGAGUGGUUUUUAUGCAUUGGACACACGUUUUAUUUUCCACCACUUUUCAAUUCACUGGACAACUCACGGGUAUUCGAUCAGCGUAUUCAACUGUAUCUCUUUGCCAUUUAGUUUUAACUUUGGUGAAAGAAAAAAAAUAAUAUGGUCUUUAUAAUGGGCGGGAUGGCAUUGGCGCUUUCAUUAUCUCCUUCACGAUUUUACGAGAUAAUUUAUGUUCAGUACUGUCGAAUUGCCCUGGGGAAAAUAAAUUUUACGGAGAUAUUGGAGUUCAGAUUCGAGAAGGGAGUUGAAGAAUAAAGAGGGAAAAAAGGAAUUUCGAAACGUUCACCAUAAAGACAGAAAUGGGGUGCAAGCGGGGAUCCUGUCACGCGAUAGGACGAUUAAAGUUUCUGGAAAGAAAAAAGUUGUUGCCUUUUUUUUUUUCUUGAGCAACGAAAUGGAAAAGAAUAUGGAAAGCUGAAAAAAUCGUUGACGUAUGGCGUAACGGACUGUCUGUUUGGAGAUAAAAAAAUUUUUAUUGUAAUUCUUUUUAUGUUCAUCCGCGGUUUUGGAUGGGGAGGGGGUGGUUUAACGACAUUUCAUGUUGAGAGCCCGGUGUACCUUGUUUAAUAUCACAAGGUGCAGGAGGACGAGGUGAAAGUCAGGGUAAUGAGCGCCGAUGGCUGUCAUAUAUGACUGCGGUGUGACGCGCGGAUUGAACUAAUUGGCUACCAGUUAUGGGCAAGAACGAGCUGGAAUUGUUUCAAGGGAAGAGUUGAAAAUUAAAGCGAUGAGAGGGUUUUUUAACAUUGCGACAGAGGGUUUUUUAAUGUAAAAGAGAAUGAGAUGUUAUUAUUUAUUUAUACGAAGGAAAAUAAAAAUGUUUUUUAAU